UUUUUUUGCGACCAAGUUCCUUUAUACAAAUAUCGUUGAGCAACACUUUAUUGACAUUGCUGUAACAAAAUGACCAAAUCCGACGUCAAGAUUCAAGUAUUCACUGAUUUCGAUGGCACACUUUCAUUAGAUGACACUGGCUUGCUGCUCAUUGACGAUCACCGUUCCAUGGGUCCUGAACGACGUCGCGUAUUGGAACACAAGAUUAUGAACGGUGAGAUUACCUAUAGGGACGGUUUGCAGGAAAUGUGGAACUCGGUCAAAAUUAGCUGGGAUGAAGCCUGGAAAGAAUAUUUAGACGAUUGCCGUAUCGAUCCCGGCUUCCCUGACUUUUUCGAUUUCUGCCGUGAAAACGAAUAUCCUGUCACCAUCAUCAGCAGCGGAUGGAAGCCUUUAUUGUCCAAAAUCAUGACCAACUUCUUGGGUGAGAAGGCCAAGGAUAUUGAGAUUGUAUCCAAUGAUGGUGAAGUCGUCGACCGAACCUGGAAGAUCAUUUGGCACGAUGAUUCGGAAUAUGGUAACGACAAGUCCAGAACCUUGAAGCAAGCACGCGAAGCGGCUUCCCCUGACACCAUUUUUGUAUUCUGUGGUGAUGGUGUUUCGGACAUCUCUGCCGCUCGACAUGCCGACGUAUUGUUUGCUCGUAAGGACCGUGAUUUGGAAACCUACUGCCGUCGUGAAAAGAUUCCCUUCGUUGCUUUCGACACUUUCAAAGAAGUCCAUGACAUUGUCAAGAAGUUGGCUGACGGCAAAGCAAAGAUUGAGAAGGAUGCCAGAACCGGUUUUUGCAGUGUGGUCGACGUUUAAGAUUGAUUUACGUCGUCCCAAUCAACUUAGAUGUUCAAUUUAAGAAAAAAGACAAUCAUUAACUUAUUUAAACCAUAUAAUUUACGUCAUCAAUAAAAUUUCAACUCGUACGAGUAAUGAUAGAAAAACAC